AACACAGCACAGAAAUCUAUUGGGGCGAAAAACUCGGAUGGGAAGGACGGAGGAGCAUCAAAAGGCAACACCUGGCUCAUUAUAAAGCUGUUUACUGACUGAACUCCGUAUUGCAUUGCAAGGAUCAGAGAGACCAGCUUGAGUCAUUGGGGACUACUUAUCAAACGGAUUCUUUUUUCCUCAACGUUGCUUAUUCGUCCAUCCCUACGGGAGAAGAAUUUCCCCGAGCAGACCACGACAUUACGGACCCUGGGGCCUUGGUAGGAGGUACGAGGCAACGAGACGAUCAGCCGGCAGCCCAAUGGUCCGACGAUCAUGCCCGUGAGGCCAUGUGGCACGACGAAAAUGCCUUUCCAAGAAGAGAAAUUGCGGGGACUGAAGCAUGGCCUCGGGGGGAAAUGGCAUGUGGAGGGCGCAGAAGGGAGGGCGGAGAGGACGACCAGUCCAUGGCGGGGGCGCGCGGGGACCGGGAGGAUCUCGCCGCCGAAGUCGCCUUGGUCGCUUCCUGCCUCGAGCGGCAAUUGCAUGACGUUGUCCUCGACUUGGACGCUGCCACCCCAGUCCUCCAAGCGGAUGCAGCUUUACCCGCUUCCUCCCUCGCCCCCCUGGUCCGCUCAUUGCAGGGCCUGGACGCCCUCCUCCCCGAGCUCCGCGGCCUGACAAAAAUGGCGCGAAGGGCCCAGGGAGGAAACUCGAACAAGGGAAGGAGUGGCGCCGACCCCGCGUCCUCUGAUGCCACUGCGUCGGGGAAGGCUUUGGGCAGACAGGCGGGCGGGCAGGAGGAAGACCCUGCCGAGGACACCAAGUCCAUGGCCACCAGCACGGAGAUAGCCUCGAGCUCGCACAUGGGGGAAGCGGAGAAUAUCAGAAAAGAGGGGAAAAAAAGGCGGAUGGACGCCGGUCCUUCUCCCGGCCAUGGCAUGACCGCUGCUGUGGAGCGACUCCUGGGGCCCAUGCCGGUGCCUUCGGGCGCGGGCGUGGCUGCCCGGCACCUCCCUUCCGAACCCAUCGCCACGCACCGUCCACGGCCCUCCUUCUCCACCUCUGCCCCACCAUCCUCCGAGAGGGUGUUCCCACCAUAUCCCGAUUCCAACGUGGGCCGCUCUGCCUUUCCCUGCUCGUUCUCGCUUCGACAGCCACCCUUUCCCACUGCCCCGCGCGUCCCCGUCCUCCGCCUCCUCCUGGUCGUUCGAGAUGUCCACCAGGCCCUAGCUUUGGAACGAGCCGCCCAGGGCGGGGGGAAGGGCGUGCGUUUCCAUGUGGACGUGGCUCGUUCGGUGCUGGCCGGUCUGUACCGACUUUCGUUGCAGCAUUUCGACGUGGUGGUGAUGGAAUCUGAAGGGAGCUUGAUGGGGGGGUUGGAGGCGGUGAGGAGGUUGAGGGCUUUGGAAGGUCGUUUGGAAGGCUUGAAACGGAUGCAUGCGGUUCGUCCCGUGCUGCGGACGAGGACGAAAGAGGGAGGGAGU